ACAACUAAGAUACAAAACGUCAUAAUAAGAACGCGCGCCUAAUCGUUUCUUACGUCAUUUUGAACACAUUGAAACCAAAUAUUUUAAAGUUAAAAUGAACAUUUCGAUAUUGGCGGCCAAACUUCGGGUUCCCAAUGGAUUUUCAACGUUGCUUGAAUGUUUCGCGACCGAAGUAAUGCGCGAACAACCGCUGGAUAUUGUGACGUUCGCAUCGAGAUAUUUCAACCAACUGCUUACGGAGCGAGAAUCCAGCGAUAAAUCUGUUAUUUAUCCAUCGGGGGAAAUCAAGGAAAGGAUUGACGGGGAUAGUUACUUUGGGACGGCUCACAAGAAAUAUCGACGAACAGACGCAGAAAUAUUCUCGCAGAACAAAUACGAAGACGCCGCGAUCAAAAUACAAACCUCGUACAAACAAUAUAAACAUGAGAGGAAAGUUAAACAAAUCAAAGCCAAGCAAAGUGUUGCCGCAACGAAAAUACAAUCCCGUUACCGAGGUUACAAAACACGGAAACAUUAUAAAAUACGACUGACCGAUAAACAGAACCUCGAUGUUGCUGCAACGAAGAUACAAUCACGUUACCGUGGAUAUGCAGCGAGAAAAAAAGUUAACACCAAGGUUGAAUACGGCAAAGUAGAAGUAGAAGCAGCUUCCGUCAUCCAAUCACGAUACAGGAAACAUAGAAAACAAACAGACACGAAAACCAACGCAGCGAUCAAGAUACAAAGUGUUUACCGCGGUUACAAGGUCCGCAACGAUAGGAAGAAACAAUAAAUUGAUUCACUAUUAUUUCUAUGAGCUUGUAUAUAUGAUGUUUAUGAAUACUGAAGUUAGUUGUUGGUAGAUUUUCCGCAAUCUUAGUUGUCCCAACAUUAGCUGUGAUUGUAAGUCGUAGUUUUUCAAAUAAACCAAACUUUUCUGAG